GCGUAAUCCAGUAGCGAAGCGGCUUCUCUUUGGAUAAGUUGCAUUGAAAGUUCCAUCUGGGGACCCGAUUCUGGGGCUGUUUCGUUUUUCUCUGUGAGAUGCGAUGACGUGCUUCGUGAACUGUCAAAUGAGGCCGUGCUGCGCGCCCAUGGCAUCUUGCGACACCGCUCAUGUGUUCCUCUAUAAAAGGGAAUGAAUUGAUUACCCUACACUAUCUACUCUAGUGUGCGUUGAAAUCCCCCAUCAGCUUUCAGUCAGCGAGCAAAAGGAAUUCGCGUGAUUUUCAGUCGUGUAGAUGUAAUUGAAUGGAGGAUCUGUUUGGAGGAAGGUGCUAGUGACAACUGUAAGGAGUCGGCAGAGAAUUCUCUUUGAUUGGUGGCUGGAGCGCAUCAGAAUAAGCAAUACGAAGCAUAGACUCGUGAAAUUUAUGUGAUUUCCAUCAGUGUACCCGACAUUUCGUGGCCCCUUCCUCACCUCCCCAAAAAUGUCAGCAGUAGUGGAGAAAGACCGAACAUCAUUCCGUUUCGUGUAAGGUUCGUGGGAGCCUGUCUGAGGCCCAGUGGAAACUCGACGAGAUCAACAUAAAAACUGUAGACGAUUCAUUGCAAGAAUGGAGCUUUAUUUCCCAGUAUGUCAUAAAAAAUUCUAACAUUAGGACGUGAAAGAGAUUCUCCUAGGCAUGACUUAUUUGCGAAUUCAUUUCAUUCGAGUGAUGCUUUGUUAUUCGUACCCUUAGGAAACAAUCGAAAAUGACUCGUAUCUCUGUAAAGUUGAAACUAUAUUCUGUUAAAUAAAUAAAAAUUGAAAUUACAGUCCAGGGGUCUUCCAUAGUCCAAAUCAUCGAUCAAAAUCUACAUAGAGGAUUAAAGUAGUUGUGACGACACGACACUCGAUGCAUUUAUCAUUCAUCGCGCCCUAAGAGACUGUGGGAACAGCUGUACCACAUACCCGGAUUAUACAUCCUACCCGGGGGAUCUUGUCAUCACGUGACUGGUUCCGUGGGUGCGUUCCAUUCGGAAGGCUUCGUAACGUUUGCCAGCCUGCUUGUUUUGUUUGCUUGCGAGAUGACUUGUGCAAGCUGAGAAACGGUAACCUACUUAACGAACAACCGCUGACGACCAGACUUCACGGAGCUGUUUGUACACGUGAAAACCUUGUAUGACUUCGCGUCUUAAGGGUCUCGUCUUACAUCGGCCUCUGUGUACGGCAACACUGACCGGCCUACACGUCUAUGGGUUUGUGCGUGUAUCUUGCACAUAUGAUUCACACCUAUGUCAACCUUGUUCAUUUACCUAUCGGACAAUGAAAUUCUUUUAAAUUUUCCGUUAUUUUUUUAUUCUUGUUUGUGUCGGCUACUACUGACUGACUAUCUCUUGAUACAGCCGUUAAUUUCUUGUAAGAUACGGAAUUUUAUGACAUAAUAACUCGAUCCAAUUUAGGCCACGUGAACAGCCUGCAAAAGGAAAUUUAAACUUAGCUGGCCUGGAAUGAGAAACUGCAGAGAAGCAAAACUAGAUUGCUAUGCUUUGUAUACCAAAGAGGUUAACGCUGUCCGUUUGCUGAAAAUCAAGGGAAAAAGAAAAAGAAGCUGUAUGUCUCCAGUCACUCUCUCAAAAUAACGACGAAAUAAUGGAAGAAAAGAGGGGACUGCUCAGCAGCGAAUCCAAGAGAUACGACACCUUAGAGUUACGCCGAGGACUCUCCACCAACGGCAGCAGCAGCAGCAAGAGAGCCGCAUCUGGAGGUGUGGAUAUCAAGGUUCCCACUCCCGAAACUGACCAGAGUGGAAGCGACUCUUCAGUGGUUGUGGGAGAAGAUGACCAAAUCACCUACUCGUGGCACGAUGUCAACGUGUACAGCAACCCAGACGUCGCGUCCGGGUCGGGUUUCUUCAGGAGGAAAGUGCGCCAGUCGAAGGAGAAGCACAUCUUGAAAGAUGUGACGGGCGUGUGUCGGCCUGGCGAGCUUCUGGCCAUCAUGGGUGCUUCAGGUGCAGGCAAGACGACCCUUCUCAACGUCUUAACGCAUCGCAACAACGACAGACUGCGGAUCACCGGCGACCUCUUCGUCAACGGAAGACGAGUUGAUCCCGACGCUUUGACAAGUCGCUCGGCCUACGUCCAGCAGGACGAUCUCUUCAUCGGGAUGCUGACUGUUCGCGAGCAACUUGUCUUUCAGGCAAUGCUGCGCAUGGAUCGCCAUUUACUCCAUGAGCAGAGAAUGACGAGGGUGGACGAAGUCAUUAGCGAGCUCGGAUUAAUCAAGUGUUCAGAAACUAAAAUUGGAGUACCUGGAAGGAUCAAGGGAAUUUCCGGAGGAGAAAUGAAGCGACUUGCCUUCGCCUGUGAGGUGCUCACAAAUCCACCACUCAUGUUCUGUGAUGAGCCUACUUCCGGCUUGGAUUCCUUCAUGGCCCAGAAUGUGGUGGCUGUGAUGAAGAAUAUGGCCGAGAGGGGAAAGACCAUCAUCUCCACCAUCCAUCAGCCGAGCUCAGAAGUCUACGCCAUGUUCGACAGGGUUCUGCUCAUGGCCGAAGGCCGCGUGGCCUUCUUAGGCGAAGUCGAUGCUGCCUAUCAGUUCUUCAGCAGGAUUGGUCUGCCCUGCCCACCAAACUACAACCCUGCAGACUUCUUCAUCUCCACUCUCGCUGUCCAACCCGGAAAAGAGGACAACUGCAGAAAGGCCAUCACGAUGAUUUGCGAUGAAUUCGUCAAGUCGGAGGAAGGGACCAGUAUAGAGAGAGCUGUGGCUGAGAAUUCUAAAGAGGCUGAAGAAAUCGACGGCUAUGACAGCAGGACUGACGUGCAGGUGAAGAAAUCGCCCUAUAAAGCCUCUUGGUGGACUCAGUUUCGCAACGUCCUUUGGAGGUCUUGGCUGGAAGUGAUCAGGGAGCCGAUGCUGAUCAAAGUCCGAUUCGUACAAGUGAUGGCUAUCGCUGUGCUAAUAGGCCUGAUCUACUGGGGUCAAACGCUGACUCAAGAGGGCAUCACCAACAUUAACGGAGCUCUGUUCUUGUUCCUGACCAACAUGACCUUCCAGAACGUCUUCGGUGUCGUCAGCACAUUCUGCGCCCAACUGCCCAUCUUCAUGAGGGAGCAUUUCAACGGCAUGUAUCGCACCGACGUCUACUUCCUGUCGAAGAUGCUGGCCGAGCUGCCCUUCCACAUCAUUUACCCCUUCGCCUUCGUCGCCAUCGCUUACCACAUGGUCGGCUUCACCAACGAUUACGUCAACUUCUUCAUCUGCGCUGGGAUCGUGGUGCUCGUCGCCAAUUGUGCCAUCUCCUUUGGAUACAUGAUUUCGUGCAUGGCGAGAAACCUCAGCGUCGCCUUGGCCAUCUCGGCGCCGUUCAUCAUCCCGCUCAUGCUGUUCGGUGGCUUCUUCUUAAACAGCGGUUCCACCCCCGUGUACCUGACCUGGUUCAAGUACCUGUCGUGGUUCUCUUACGGAAACGAAGCGUUGCUGUUGAACCAGUGGCAGGGGGUGAAGUCCAUCGCCUGCAACACGAACCAGACUUGUUUCCCCAACGGCCAGGCUGUCCUGUCCUUCCUCCACUACGAGAACGGAAGCAUCACAGGCAAUGUCAUCAUGCUCGUGGUCCUCAUCGUUGUCUACCGCACUCUGGCUUUCUUCGCCCUCUUGGCCAAGACUUUCAGGAAACAGAAGUAGAAGAAAGAUGCCGGAACAGACGGGGAGACAAUGCGGCCUUUAUCAUGAAUAAUAAUAAUCCUGACGUUAUGAAGUCUUCCUCUCUCUCCUCUUAUUUUUUUUUAUAUUUUCGAACGGAGAUUCCUCUCAUCCUUUUCAAAUUAUUGUGACAGCACUGAAAAGUGAAUCACCAAGAAAAAGAAAAAGUUCGAAGAAAAAAGAAUUUUUUUAUUAGUAAACGCAGCAAGGUGCACACUGUCUUAACUUCUUAGCCUGAAUAAAUAUUCUAGCUGUUCACUUCAAAUCCAUUUGAUAAUCUGUGUUCAACACGAUCAACAAAUGCCAAGGCAAUAAAGACUUCACAGAGUUCUUCAAGGAAAAAGACCUUGAAAUGGCAAUCAAGUCGACUGACGUGUUUCUGAAAUUUCCAAAAAUGUAGCUGAAGUAAUGUCCCUAACCUAUUUCUAAUUUAUAUAUGUUAAAUUGUUUGUUUGUUAGUUUGUAUGGUGCUUUUACGUUGCAUGGAAGGGUAAAUGUUAAAUUAAAUGCAGUAAAUUUUCGAAUCAAUUAAACAUCGUAACAUUGAAUAAUUUCAACCACGCAGCUUCCAGCCCAAACUAAAAGGAAAACUGUUUUCGUCUAAUACCUUUAUUUCUAAAUUUUUUCUUUCUUUCUUUCUUUUUUACCAUAAAUUAUGCAUGUGAGGAGAAAAAGAACAUCUAAUAGUGAUGAUUAGUUUUCCAUCUGUCUCAAUUACUCUUAUCUCCCGUCAUUACGGGAGGUUUUUAAAUUUACUCUUAAAGUGACACAGCGAAAGUUUCUUAUUAUUAUUAUUAUUAUUAUUAUUAUUAUUAUUAUUUUAUUAUUAUUAUUAUUAUUAUUAUUAUUAUUAUAUUGUGAAGUGGGAAUUAAAAGCCAAUAAAUGCCUAUGAAAUUAAAUUUCCUCCCCAAAGACCACUCUUCUCCACUGACAUGCAAAUGAGCCUCACUCUUCAUUAUAUUGAAUUUUCCUUUUCUUUUUCGGCAGCCAUUGCCAGGUAUUGACCACCUGGGAUCAUUUCCAAGCCUUGUCAGCCUCGAGAGGCCAAAGAAAGACAAAAGUGUGCUAUUAAUGUUUACUGAGUUGCAUUUCAACCACCGGAUAUGUUCAACACUUUCGUUGAAUAUGAUGGUAGUUAAUUAGAUAUUUAGAGUUUAUGUACAUGUUUAUAAGAGUCCUUUCAGAUGACUAAAGAAAUAAAGAAAGAUUAUCUCUUUUUCCGAUUUUCAU